UGUAUCCUGCAUUCAUCAAGUAGCCUGUCUUUCAGAAGUGAACGGUUGCGUAAUAACAGGGAGGAUUGUUUUUGUCGUGACGUACUUUAUCCAUCCUUUAUUUGACAAAGGCAUCACUGUUUAUUUAGUUUGAUUAGGUUUUAUUUUAAAAUUGGCACUUGCACUGCGUUCAUUGGCAUCUGAGAGUGCAAACAGAUUUAGACAAUGGUUUGACUUUUCUCUUCAAGUGGAGGCUUGUCUGACCGAGUAUUUAUUUGGAGUUUACUAGAGUUUGUACUGUCUUUUUCAGCACACGAAGAUGAGUGACGAUGCAUAUGAGGUCCCAGAAAGGACAGAGUACCGUUACCUGGUGCAAGAGGAGGAUGAAGACGAGAUGCGGUAUGUUCGACACAGACACUACAUCAGCCCCUUCCUGGUGCUCUCCAGGCGCUGCAUUUUGCUCAUCUGCCUUGGGGUCCUCGCCCUCCUUGUUCUGGCUACUUACCUGGGCUAUGUAGCCCAGACACUCCCACCUGGCCUUGUCCAAGUGACCACUGACUGUGGCGAAUACAGAGGAAGAUAUAAAAAUGGGGCCUACUCCUUUAAGGGCAUGCCAUAUGCUGCUCCACCCAUUGGUAACCUGCGUUGGGCACCUCCCGGUGACCCAGUCUGUCGGGAGGAGGUCACGGAUGCGGGCCACUUCCGCAGCAUGUGUCCUCAAGUGCAACCGUUGUCAAGUUCAGGCAAGCUGAUGGGGCAAGAGGACUGCCUGUUUAUCAACGUGUGGACACCAACCCUCAAGACCAACUCAAAGCUGCCUGUCAUGGUCUGGAUCCAUGGAGGCUACCUACACAUGUUCAGUGGUGGAGAGCAAGGGUACUCACCCACAGAGAAGCUUGCAGCAGAAACUGGGAUAGUGUACGUCAGCUUCAACUACAGACUAAAUGCAUUUGGCUUCAUGGCUCUGGAGAUACUAAGGGAAGGUUCUCUCAAAAACACUUCAGGGAAUUAUGGCUUCAUGGACCAGAUUGCUGCAUUAAAGUGGGUACAAAGAAACAUCCACAUUUUUGGAGGAGAUCCUGGAAAAGUUACCAUCUUUGGGCAGAGUUCAGGUGGAACCUCUGUGUGGACCUUGAUGAUGUCACCUCUUGCAAAGGGUCUCUUCCAUAGGGCAGUGGAUAUGAGUGGUUCAUAUGUAUAUAAUGCCACACUGGAACAGGCUGAGUCAGACAAUCUGCUCUUCCUGAAAAACACAGGUUGCAAAGACCUUCCAUGCCUUCGAAGUCUCUCGAUUAAACAGAUAUUGCAGGCUAUCCCAUGGCAGCAGUACCCCUCUUGGGGUGCUGAUGAGCUGACUGACCUUCCAACCAGGGGGCACUUCUGUGGCCCUGUUGCAGUGGUGGACGGGUAUGUACUUGAAGCGGCACCUUUUGAGUUGUGGGAAAUGAAAGGAGCCUACAAUGAUGUUCCAUUUGUCAUUGGGACAACAGAGCAGGAAGCAGACUUCAGUCCGCCAGCAGAAAAUAUCUCUAUGUGGACAUGGGGUGACUACAAGUGGUUUGUGACAGAGAAACUAAAGUCCUUUAGUGAGAAUCUUCCAAAUGCGGCAUUGGAGCUUUAUCGGUCCUCCGACCCCUGCCCCACCACAGACCGGUGUCCAGAGAGAGCAUACACAACCAUGGUUUCUGACAUCAGGGUGACAUGCCCCAACAACGAUCUAGCCCAGAGGGCUUCAGCUGCCCUUCAGAGUCCCGUGUAUCGCUAUGUGGUGACACAUACACCUUCUAGACCAGUCAACACCACAAGUUCUCUGAUGCCGUUUGACAGCCGCUUCUCUUUCCACUGCUUGGAUAUCAUGGCUUUCUUUGGCGGACUGGAGUUCCUUUUGUCAGAACCACUCUCCGAUCAGGACAAAAGUUUCCAGGAUCUGCUAAGACAACAUCUCGUGUACUUUGCCAAAACAGGUAAAAUGGUGGAUGAGUGGUCAUCUUAUCCAUCAGGCACUGCUCUCCUGUCCAGCAAACUUUUUGUUAAAAAAUACUCGCCUGCUCGCUGCCAAUUGUGGAAGAAGAACAGCCUCUAUGCCUAUGCGCGGCUGAACUGAUGUGCAAAGACUUGAAAAUUUGUUCAGGUGUCAUUUGGUUGGCCAUGGGGGUUACACUUAAAUUCCACUUAAGCCAUUUUGAUAUUAAAUAAAAAAAUAUAUAGUAUAUAUAAUUUGGGGUUAUCCAUCAUACUUCAUGUGAAAAGCUUUUCACCAAAGGGGCAGCUGAGUUAGUCUUUGUUUUUCAUGGUUCUAAGGAGAAUAAUUUAAUAGAAAAAGAGUGGAUGGAUGGUCCCUAAAAUUUACAAAAAAAAUAAUAUUUCCAUAACAGAGUUUCCUACAAUCUAUUGACAUACUGUAAAGCAUUUUAUUAUGGGUUUCCACCUUAGUUUGAGAGAGACAGUGUAGAACCUUCUCAUUGAGAUACACUCAUUUCAACUGAUAAUAAAUCAAUUUUCAUUACAACUUGUGCUGUUGAGCGUUGGAGCGAGCUGAAGUUCAUUCCACCUGCUUCUGGGCAAAAGGUUGAGUACACUAUGAAGUUGUUCUGAAUAAGAAAAAGUCGUCCAUAAAAACACAACUACUGGAUUCAUUCUCAGACUUAGAAUCAUCUUUAUUUGCCAAGAAUGUCAAAAACGCAAAAGGAAUUUUUGUAGUCGUCGGUAAUUGGAGCCACUUUAGUAUGACAACAAACAUUUGCCUGAAAAUACUUUUGGGACAUCAAAAUGUAGGAAGGAGAGUCACUGAGCAAAUAAAGGUUACCGGUAACAUUCAAACCAUAACUGAGUGGGAACUGAACCCUUCCUGAUGGGACAAUACACCAUUAGUGGUUGAACUGGGAAUACCUGGUGUCGCUGAUCGCUUGAGGGCAUGGCAAAUCUGAUGCUAUAUUACUUAAGUUUUUUUCAAACACUUGAAGUUAGGUUUAGGACUGGAUUGUCAUGUAUUUUUUUUUUUUUUUAGUUAUACAAAAGUUUGAUAUGCAUGUUUUUUUUCUUACAAUAUCGCCGUCAUAAACAAACGAAGCCAAGAUGUUUUCAACUUUUUUUUCAAGCGCUUGCAUUUUUGUUUUAAAUACAUUUCAUGUUUUGUGUUGUUUUUGUAGACAUGACAUGGUUUCACAGAUGAGGGAAUUUGCUGAUAGAGCAUUGGGGAUUUUGAGUGACACUUGUGAUGUUUAUAGAACAGGUCUGUAUUGAGGAGAAAUUUCAACAUUUGAUUAUUCAAUGUAAUUGUUAGUUUAAAAUGACUGCAUAAAAUGAAUGAUUUGUGCUGACCUAGAAAUAAUAAAAUUGCAGCUGUCAUUUUA